AUGGCCGAACUUCAGGCAGCCCUUGCGCCGGGGGACUGGGAGAUAGACGUAGAGAGCUUGGAGCUAGACGAAGAGGGCCAGGAAGCGCAGAUGCCGCCGCCGCUGUCGCUGCUGCCGCCGCAGCUCCCCCAGCCGCGUGGGUCCAGCUCCCUGCCGGCCAGCGGGGAAGGGGAGGACGAGGACGAGGACGAAGACGAGGAAGAGGAGGAAGAUGGAGAGGAAGACGGAGAGGGGGAAGACGAAGGACCAUGCCCAGGGGCGCCAGACCCACCCCAGCAGCGGUCGCAAAUGCAGGAGCAGGGCCCGGCGCCGCGGCCACUGCCGCCCCAGCAGCCCCUGCAGGGGCAGCCAGAAGCUGUAGGACAGGCGGAGCGAGGGGGCAGCUGUGCCAGAGGCGGGGGAGAGCAGAGGAAGCUGAGCCGCACGCCCAAGUGCGCCCGCUGCCGAAACCACGGCGUGGUGUCCUGCCUGAAGGGCCACAAGCGCUUUUGUCGCUGGCGGGACUGCCAGUGUGCCAACUGCUUGCUGGUAGUGGAGAGACAGCGGGUCAUGGCGGCUCAGGUGGCACUCCGGAGGCAGCAGGCCACCGAGGACAAGAAAGGGCUUUCCGGGAAACAGAAUAAUUUUGAACGCAAAGCAGUCUACCAGAGGCAAGUCCGGGCACCCAGUUUGCUGGCCAAAAGCAUUUUGGAAGGCUAUCGACCCAUUCCAGCAGAGACUUACUUAGGAGGGUCCUCCCCUCUGCCUCCCCCGGUGAGCGACAGGAUGAGAAAAAGACGAGCAUUUGCUGAUAAAGAACUAGAGAACAUUAUGCUAGAGAGAGAAUUUAAAGAGAGAGAGAUGAUGGAAGCCACUCAAGCUGCUGCCUUAUUUCUGCCUAACCGCAUGGUGCAUGGACCUGAAUAUAACACCUAUAAAACUGCCUAUAGCCCAACUCCAGUGGAAACUCCGAGCAAAGACUUUUGCAAUUUUUUGCCUACCUGUCUUGAUCUAACUAUGCAAUAUUCUGGAUCUGGGAAUAUGGAACUGAUUUCUUCUAAUGUCAGUGUGGCCACUACCUACCGGCAGUACCCUCUGUCUUCUCGACUCUUAGUCUGGCCCAAGUGUGGCCCCAUUAGUGAUGCUCUUCUUUACCAACAGUGCCUACUAAAUGCAACCACUUCAGUACAGACUCUGAAACCCGGGGCCAGCUGGGACUCUAAGGUGUCCCAGUCUCAAGAUGGACAAAAUGUAGAGCACAGCAUGAUGUCUCCCAAAAUGGAAAACUCUCCGUUGUUGCCUCAUGCUCAUGAGAUCCAAACCUCCAGAAAUGAAAUUCAGUGUGCCCUUCAGGAAGUUCGUGAAAGAUCAGCUUUCUCCCCUCCCAAAAGAAAUUUUUCACAGAUCUCUCAUAAGGACUCUGUGUCUCCUCAAGAGCAUGUCUUAAGCAAGAUCAGCAAAGAAAGCAGCAGGCACCCUCUGCCACUCAAAUAUAAUCCAUUCCAUUCAUUAUUUCAGCAAACACUUAAUGACAAAUCAGGACCUGAGUUAAAAACACCAUUUGUCAAAGAAUCCUUUGAAGAGGCAGCUAAGAAACAUAGAGAGUGUUUAGUCAAAGAGAACCAGAAAUACAAAUUUACAAUAGACAGAUAUGCGAAAGACUUUUUUGCGGCCAAACAAGUUGGAGCGAAACUUUCCACAAAUGAACCUCUGUCAUUUUCUGUUGAGUCUAUUCUUAAGAGGCCUUCAUCUGCUGUCACUCAUGUCUCUCAGUGA